CGGUCGCCCCCAUCCAACACGGACGGAGCCCACGCCAUGGCCACCGAUCUUGACCGACCAUGCUAAAACGAGGUGGAAUGGAAAUGAAAUCCCUUCUCGCCCUAUCCCAGUUCGCACGGGGUUUCAUUUUUUUUCUUCAUCGAAGCGGAGCUGAAGGUCGAGUGGUCGACAAGUGACCGGCGGCAGACGCAACCUCCUGGAAGCGUUCGUUGGAUUGGAACUGGACGGACGGCCUCUCGCACGCGGUCAAUGCCAUGCUGUGCUGUGCUGUAUACACCGGAAAUUUCUUCGGACGUUGGGGCUGCAACUGCAAUGCAAGAAUCAGCUCUCAAUCCGAGAAAUAAAUAAACUAGGAAGAAGCCAACAACAGUUGGGGCAGGAGGAGGAUUAGCUGGUAGGCACCUUUGCUUGAAAGGGAGGUUUUAUCGGUCAAGCUGCAGAUCCAGAGGCACUGAAUAAUAGAAACUCUCCGAGAGAAAAGCGCAAAAAAAAAAAAAGCAGGACGGCAAUCGCAUGCUUGCGACGAUGACCGCCAGCAAGUGAAGAAUCCAGCCACCUGCCCGCGUAACUUCUUCUUCUUUCGUCGUUCUACUCCCAUCGAAGCUACUACUGAGGACGGGCGCAGGCGGAGAACGAGCGGAUCCGCUAGCAGGGGAACAGCCGGCGCGGAGGAAGGGUUUGGAGGAUGACAGAAGCUGCAGUUAAUACAAGGUACUGGUGCCAUGGAUGCGAGAAGGUCAUCGAGGAGGCCAUGGUGGGGGAGGAUAUCAAGUGCCCGUUUUGCGGUGGUGGGUUCAUCGAAGAGAUGGCCGGGGAGGAUUCCGAGGGGUUGCAGUUAGAGCGGGAGUGGGGAACGCCGCCAGGGGACAGCGAGGACGACGAUGACGACGAUAUAGCCCAUGAGUUCGAGGGCUUUAUCAGGAGGCACGGACGGGCAUCGGCUCUGCGCCGGGUGCUCGACAGCAUCCAGGACGACCUUAGAGCCGACAGGGAAAGGGACAACUCCGUCCUCAUCAACGCCUUCAACCAAGCCCUCGCCUCGCAAGGCUCGGCGCUGCUGGAUGCCGACGAGGCCCGAGACGGCCGAGGUGGAUCCAGCAACAGCAACGACGAUGGCUUGCUGGAAGAGUAUGAUGUCCUGGGGGCUGGGCUGAGCCUACUGCUUCAGCAUCUGGCCGAGAACGACCCGAACCGGUACGGCACCCCUCCGGCGAAGAGAGAGGCGGUCGAAGCUCUGCCCACUGUCCAGAUAGCGGAGGCCGUCAGCUGUUCGGUCUGCCUCGACGAUCUUGAGCUGGGGUCCCCGGCGAAGCAAAUGCCCUGUGGGCAUAGGUUCCACUCUUCUUGCAUCCUGCCAUGGCUUGAGCUCCACAGCUCUUGCCCCGUGUGCCGGUUCGAGCUGCCGUCUGAAGAGACGAAAGAUCUGAACGAGCCUAGCGAUGUGCACAGAAGAACAGAGAGCACCCGAGAGAACGACAGCGAGAGCGGUAACAGCGCGUGGCCCCUUGUCCCUUGGUUCUUCAGCGGGCUGUUCUCGGUACCUGAACCGUCGCACACUGACAGAGGCACUCUCACCACCGAUCAACAGAGUCCUUCCACCAACCCAAAUGCUGGAGGAAAUUGAUUUCGUCAUCCUUUGUGAAUAAUGCUCAUACAUCUGAGAAUAGCAAGGAGCCUUGUCAGUAGAUGGCUUAUUUUUUUUCUGUACUGAUAAUCCUUCUCGGAUGAAUCGCAAGGUACGGAGUCUGUGUCUGCUCUAUUGUCAGGAUUCUAGCGAUCGUUUCGCCUCUAGUUAAUCUCAUAGCUACUGAGACUGUCUGUCUGCAUCCUAUGCAAAAGAUCGGUUGCUUUCUUUGUUCUUGGCUCUUCUGACUGGAUGUCUUUGAGCUAUUUCUGGAAUAUGUAAACUAUCAUGCCUUGUAUUUAUUCAUUGUUUAGUUGAAAUAUAUCUUCAUAUCAAGUACGAA